CAGUUGAGCCGAAAUGGCGUCAGUGGCGCUGUACGGUAGCCGUUGGUAACGAAAAGACACUGGGACGAGGGCGGACUCAGGGAAGCGGUUUCCGGGUCUCCCUUCCUGGGCUGGGACAGCAGAGAGAGACGAAACGCUCCGGUGGAUUAAUAGCAUUUCAAAGGUACGGACAGGCUUGACAGACAUCACAUAAACAGUAGCGAUGUCUCAGUCUGGAGAGAAAGGAAAGUUUCCAGAUGCUGCAGGUUAUGUAGGGUUUGCUAACCUGCCUAACCAAGUGCACCGGAAAUCAGUGAAAAAAGGGUUUGAAUUUACCCUCAUGGUUGUAGGGGAGUCUGGUUUGGGCAAAUCCACAUUGAUAAACAGCCUGUUUCUCACUGAUCUCUACCCUGAACGUUACAUCCCUGGUGCUGCAGAGAAGAUUGAGAGGACAGUGCAGAUUGAGGCAUCAACAGUGGAGAUCGAAGAAAGGGGAGUGAAGCUUCGUCUCACUGUAGUUGACACUCCUGGAUACGGCGAUGCCAUCAACAGCCAGGACUGUUUUAAGACCAUCAUCCAGUACAUCGACAAUCAAUUUGAACGAUACCUCCAUGAUGAGAGUGGGCUGAAUCGAAGACACAUAGUGGACAACAGAGUGCAUUGCUGCUUCUACUUCAUUUCUCCGUUUGGACAUGGUCUAAAACCACUGGAUGUGGAGUUUAUGAAGGCCAUCCACAGCAAAGUCAAUAUAGUCCCAGUCAUUGCCAAGGCUGACACACUGACUCUGAAGGAGAGGGAUCGCCUGAAGAGGAGGAUCCUGGAUGAGAUUGCAGAACAAGGGAUAAAAAUUUAUCAGCUACCUGAUGCCGACUCUGACGAGGACGAGGAGUUCAAGGAGCAGACUAGAGUCCUGAAGGCAAGCAUUCCCUUUGCUGUCAUUGGCUCCAACCAGCUUAUCGAAGUGAAGGGGAAGAAGAUCCGUGGUCGUCUGUACCCCUGGGGUGUAGUAGAGGUGGAGAAUCCUGAGCACAAUGACUUCCUGAAGUUGCGCACCAUGCUUGUGACCCACAUGCAAGACCUCCAAGAGGUAACUCAGGAUCUGCAUUAUGAGAACUUCCGCUCAGAGAGGCUGAAGAGAGCGGGCAGAGCUGUGGAUGAGGAGGUGUUGGAUAAGGACCAGAUCCUGCUACAGAAGGAGGCAGAGCUGAGACGCAUGCAGGAGAUGAUCGCGCAGAUGCAGGCACAGAUGAAGAUGAAGUCGGACGACUAAAAGGGUCGGAGGUGAAGGGAAGCACUGUGACCCAAGCCACCAGCACACACGUACACAUAAAGCAUACACACACACGCAUACACUUAGUUGUCCAGCCCUGCCACUCUGCAGACCCACCAGGAGCCAGUUUCCAGAACCACAUCAUCUACGUGCACACCACCACCUCUUCUUCUUCUUCCCUCCAUUCUUCCAUCCAUCGGCUGUUUGGCAGCUCUGUCUCUUCAAGACUCCACAUUCAAACUAGUCUCCUUGUGGGAGCGGGUAAAAAAAGAAACAAGUUAUGACGACGAUGUUUGAAUACUGGCUGAUUAUCAUUUAUCUGCUAUUUAGCCUUCUUAGUUGAUAUCCUCAGCGUUGACAGUGACAGCGGUACCGAGUGGAUUUACCGUCACACACGUGUUUACAUAAUAUACAAACUGUGAGUGUCACCUCACAGGUCAAAACUUUACAAUGCAUUAUUUUCCAUUUAUUCUGCUAUUGGGUUUGAACUCAUUCACUUAAAGGUACAAAUAGUUUGCUUCUCGUUUUUUCUGUUGGUUACUCAUCACUUACCCAUCACCUUCACCUCUGAAUAACCAUUAGUGCCUGUUUGCUUCAGCCUGAUAACGCAAUAAUUAUAAAUAUUACCACAGAGAUAGAUACAUGUGGUAAACCAUGAUGAGGAAAACUCUUAAAUCUGGUUUUCCUAAAUGUGUUAGACUAGAAGCUUUAUUGUAUAACCAACAGCUAAAACUAAUGCAAACCCUCCAGGCUUUAGAAUUUCUUAGUUUGUUUUUUUUUUUUUUUUUAAUUUAUCUGUAAUACCUGGUUUUAAUGUGCCAAACUAUAACUUCAGACUGAAAACUAAUCAGUCAGUACUGUAAGUUACAAUGUUCCCAUGUUUGUCUCGGUGACAUCAUUUCAUGUAUAAAACAGUCAGCCUGUACUCUACAUGUGCAGCUUUUCAACUUACUUUAUUCACUCAUUUCAGUUUAAAUAUGUAACUGAGCUGUGUGUAAACUCCCUCCAGCCCACUGUGAACAGCAGACCUUAACAUUUCCCCAGCACUGCCGUUUAAUCGUGCUUUCACUCAUGUGCCAUUAUUUCUUAUUAAUGUGUCAGUUGAGACUUUGUAGAUGUCGACAUGUUUUGUAUUUCCUGUCUCAAAUAAAAUUUGUUAAGAGAACAAAA